UAUCUGGGGUGUUACAUCCUCCACAUCCGGGGCUGCUUCAUCUGGACGGAGGAGACCGCGCGGGCCGGCUCGCUGGCGACCAUCCGGGCGCCGGCGCUGGAGGAGCUGGCGUGCCCCCGCACGCGCGGCACGGAGCUUGUCGAGCUCGAUGGGUGCACGAGCGUGCGGCUCCGCGGCAAGGUUUGCGUCAGGUCGCACCUGCGCCCCUGGUGCGACGCCGGCGAGAACGACUUCGCCGUCGAGCUGCUGCGGAGCUGCAGCUCCGCUCACCGCCUCCACGUCUGCCUCGAGACCCCACCGAGAGACUGGCUGAACCUGGAGGAAGACGUGAUGGCGGAGAUACCGGACCUCCCUCACGUCACGGACCUGACCGUGGAAGUGAGCUCACCGGGCCGCCACGCCUUCGGCGCCGGCGUGGCCAACCUCCUCGCGCGGUGCGUCAACCUCCAGCGCCUCCGCGUAGACCUCGUCGACGGCAUGGAGUUCAGGCGGAAACACCCGUGCCUCCGCGAGGGCUGCGCCUGCGACGAGCCGGGCGAGCUGGCGGGACGAGAGGAUCGCGCGGCCGCACCUCCGCGAGGCGGCGUUCGGCGGCUUCGCCGCGUGCUACCACCUGGCGCCGCUGCUGCUCGCGGGCGCCCCGGGCCUCGAGGCGAUGACCGUGGCCGCCAACGGCCGCGAGCUCGCCUUGCUCGGGAAGAGAUGGCGGCCACGGAUGAGGCUGGAGAGAAUCCUGGAGUCGCGGCUGCCUCGCUCUCGGGGGAGGUGGGCGGCCUCCUGCAAAGGUGAUGCCGCAGGUGCGCCAGCAUACCGGUGGGCUCCGGCCAUAGCUGGUGGAAUGUAGUGAGUUAGCAUUAGGGCAAAGGCAAUGUUAAAAGGUAAACCUUAGCAUUAGGGCAAACCAUUGCACCUUCUCUCUGCUCUCAAUCGGAGUUUGAAUGGUUGGUUGGAAAUGAGGUGACAGAAUACGGUUGAAGAUGUGGCAGGAAUGGUUUUUAUUUAGGAAUGCAAGCGUUUGCUUUGGACUUUGUUCUCC